AUUCACAGGGUACGGACGGGUUAGAUCGAGUGAUGACGGUCGGGUCAUGUUUAGUUUCGGAUGGCGGGCGCGCGGUGUGCGUCUACAGAUCCUGCCGUGGAAGACUUUGUACAAGUCAACCGGCUGUCUGGACUUGUUGAAGCACGCCAAGCAGAGGUGAUGCACAUUCACAUCAUCCUGAACGCCUCCGAGUCUGAGAUUCGCUCAGCUGUUCAGCAUCAGUUUAACUGCAGCCACUCGUAAAGCGAAACUAACUCUAUCGGGUUUUUUUCAAAAGCAUUUUCCCCAAUUUUAUAUCAUUCCACUCCUUUCUUUUCUCAAAACAACUAAAGACCACUCUUCAAAACCGACGAAGCUUAUAGUCUUAUUGUCAAAGUUUCCCCUGGAAUUUGUACUUGUGGCUGGCUCAGACCAUCAGGGGGAAAUGUUUCUCGGAAGUUGGAGGGGCAGCGAAUCUGGUGGACUCAUCAGCACCGUGAUUGUAGUCGGAUGCGCCAUCGCUUUGCUGAUUCUGAACCAACGCAUCCAGCCUGUGCGGGCUUCAUCGCCUUUAGGCCCUGGGCCCGGUCCCUUGGCCUCUCGGGACGGGUCCGGGGCGCAGGACGCGUCUUGUCCGCGGGAGUUUCGUGGCUGCAACUGGUACUGCCCGAGUCUGCCGGAGAGGUGCAUCGGAGAGCGGCUCCUGCCGGACCCAUGCCGGUGCUGCACGCUGUGCAUGAAGCAGACGGGGGAGAGAUGCUCCUUGCCUCGCGAGGCGUGCGAUGCUGCUUUUCAACUCGACUGCGUGGAGGGCAGAUGUAAAGGUCCAAUGAAUGUGCAGAUCCGAAGUGCCUCCGCGACCUCCAUCAACCUGAGCUGGGAUGCCUUUCUUCCAGCCGGCAGUGACGGAGGACAUUACGUGGUGUAUUUCACAAGCCAGUAUACGGAGACUAUAUCCGGAUGGCCUGGAGUUAUCGAGGUAGGCAAUGCUACAUUCGCCUCCAUACGUGACCUACAGAAGGGGUUGGCUUAUUACUUCCGGGUCAGCUACAGACUCCCCAGACGGGGUAUCGUUAUGGAGGGACCGUUGUCGGAAGUGGCGCUACACCAGACGGGUACUCCAGCACCGACGGGAGGCUGUGAGCACGAUGCCACGCAUUACGACGAGGGCCAAACCAUCCAGCAAAGCUGCGACACCGUGUGCGAUUGCCUGCUAGGCCGUUGGAUAUGUAGGCCCAGGAGUUGCCCGCCCUCUCCCGACGUGGUACUGUACAACCCGAUCAAUUGCCGUGAAGUCCCACACCCUGACGACCCACACUGCUGUCAGAUGAUCGAGUGCGAUGAGGGACCAUCUGAACCAUUGAAUCCAGCUGACUGUACCCGCAAUGAUGUGGUUCAUCGCCACGGUGAGACCUAUUACCUCGGCUGCGAGGAGGUAUGUCACUGCGAUAAUGGCGUGGAGUCAUGCACACAGCGCUGUCCGGAGGCAGGCUCCAUGCUACCGGACAGUUCGUCUUGCCCGCAGCCCCAGCUGAACACCCCGCCGGACGGCGAAUGCUGCCCCUACUGGACAUGCCCGCCGCCUCCGGGCUCUUGCGAGAUGAACGGCAACACGUACGAGGAGGACGAAUACUUCGACAUCGGCUGCAGCAUGCGUUGCCAGUGUAAGGCCAACUACGUGGCGUGCUUGUCCCGGUGUCCCUACGACUUCCGCGCGCCCACUGAGGACUGCCCGGAGCCCAAGCAGGUCCAGGUACCCGGCGAGUGCUGCAUGCAGUGGGAAUGCCCAACCGCCUCCGCGACCACGGACUGUGUCUACUUCGGCUCACUGGGUAACAUCACCAUGGCCAACGGUGAGUGGAUCGACGAGGGUUGUGACCAGCGGUGCCUGUGCGACCACGGCAGCUUGGUCUGCAUGCCGGUCUGCGUCUCGCCCUCUCCCCCGUCGCCCACGCCGCUCUGCCCCACGCCGGUCAUCACCAAGCUACGGAGCGAGGACUGCUGCGAGGUGAUUGCCUGCCACGAUCCCAAACAGCAGAGUCCUAACGUUGUACGUGAUGUGUCGGUGUUUUCUUUCAACGACACAUCCAUCACCGUGGCCUUCGCCCCGCCGGCAAAUGACGAGCUGCUCUCCAGUCUAGACGGUUAUAUCAUCCAGUACACGGACAGUGCUCAAAACGUCAACCCCGAAACCUGGAAAAAAUACCGAAAGGAUUUCCCAGCCGGUAUUCGAGUCCGCGGCCAUAUCAUUAUUGAGAUCACAGGCUUGUCCCGACGGACCACAUACUAUCUGCAGAUCAGAGUCAGUAUACCAGACCGUAUGGAGCCCAGAUGGCCCAACACGCUCCCAGCUACUGACACCAUUGUGGUGACCACCGUGGAAAACGCUCCACAGCCCUGCACGUACAAGAGCCAGGUCUACCAGCACAGCGAGCGCUUCUACGACGGCUGCGAGUCUUCGUGCGAGUGCAAGGCCGGUAGGACAAUAUGCCGUGAGCGGUGCCCGGUAACGGAGCUGCUGCCGUCCUACGUCUGCCCAAACCCCCAGCGAGUGGUCGUGGAGGGCCAGUGCUGUCCAGAGUGGAGAUGUCUACCAAAAGAUGGUGACUGUUCGCAUGGUGGCAAUAUAUACUUAAAUGGCAUGCAGUGGCGUCAGGGAUGCGAUCUGCGCUGUUCGUGUGACUCGGGGGAAGUCUCGUGUCACAAUCUGUGUAGCACCACGCCCCCAGCGGCCACAUCUGACUGUCCCUACCCAGUUCAAGUCAGCGUACCAGACACAUGCUGCAAGGAGUGGCUGUGCUAUGAUACGCCGCAGCCAGCCCACGGACCCAUCCCCUCUCUUUCCGUCCCCCUGUCCUCCUUCCAGAUGAACAUCACUGCCAAGGAAAUCUCGGCCUAUCAGGCCACCAUCUCCUGGCCCCCGAUGACGGACGUCCAGCGCCGGUAUAUAGCUCGCUUCCGUCUCAAGUACAAGGAGCUGUCAUAUGGCGUGAAGGAUUGGGCCACAACCGUUGAACUUAGAGCCUCGAUGGUAAGCUACACGAUGCUGGACCUGAGACCAGCCCGAAGCUACGUUGUGCAAUUGGUGGUGCUCGUCGGGGACCCGACCGUUGCCAUCCACCUACCGUCAAACAAAGUGGAGGUGGACACACUUUGGAUACCGUCCAAGCCGUACCCUGGCCGGCCCUUCAAGAUCGAAGCCGAAACCAUUAGUACGGACUCCAUCACAGUGCGGUGGACCAUGCUUCCCGUAGAAAUAGCCCAGCACAUCAUAGGCUGGCGCCUCAUGGUCACGGACGCCCAGGACAGCCGGGUAGUCCUAUCGGAUAUCGUGGAACCCACAGCUCUGUCCACCGUGGUCGGGAACCUGACGCAGGGGACAGUGUACCACCUGCAGCUGCUGGGGCUGUGGGAUAACGGGACGCUCACCCGAGAGGUCAGGUCCCAGACACUGGUUGUGAAAACCAAUCACGAUCAAGGUACAGGCAAGCCCGCAUCCUUUUCGUCGGCUGGUGCCAUAGGGGGCGCUCUCGUAGCCAUCUUCGUACUGGUAGCCUUGGUCGCUAUCGUGGUGUACAUACGUGUGCGCAAAUCCAGAUACUCCAAGCGGUACGACGUGUACAUGCACAACACCACCGUCAACUACGACACGGGCGCAGGCUACGAGCAAGUCUACUCCAGUACGGCAUCAGGGUUAGAUGAGGACAUGAAAGGAAAUGGAUUGACCAUCCGAAGAGACAGCGAAGCGGGACUUCUGGAUGCGGCGGACUAAACUGGCCGCCAGAGGCAACUGCUCUAAAGUGGUCGCCGUGUGGAGUAUCAAGAUGAUAAAUUAUUUCUUUGUAAACUGACGGAGUUUGAUAUUAUCAUUAAUUGUGUAGACGGGGCUAAAUAUACUAGUUGUGAAGGACAUGAGCUUCUGACGUUAUUCGGGUCGAGCUUUAUAAUAACUGUGAAAAGUUCUAUUGGCAAUCUUGAGUGGAUUACAUAAGUUUAAAUGCGACACUUUUUAAUUAAUGAGUAAAGAAAAUGUAUAUUGGUGAAUGCUGUUUUUUAAAUUUCAUGAAAAAAAUGUGUACUUCCUCCCUUCCCCUCUUGAGCGGCGUCCCAAUGGACCGAUCCAGUAAGCACCGCCCCAUGGUGUUUUGACCAAUCACAGCCGUGAUUUAUGUCCGACGUGCGU